AACCAGAACCAGAACCAGAACCAGGAGGAAUCAUGAGGGAGAUCCUUCACAUCCAGGCGGGUCAGUGCGGGAACCAGAUCGGAACCAAGUUCUGGGAGGUGAUCAGUGACGAGCACGGCAUCGACCCUGCAGGGAACUAUGUGGGUGACUCAGUUYUGCAGCUGGACCGGAUCAACGUGUACUACAACGAAGCCUCAUCACAUAAAUAYGUUCCCCGGUCGGUGCUGGUGGACCUGGAACCAGGAACCAUGGACAGCGUCCGGUCCGGAGCCUUCGGGCAGCUCUUCAGACCCGAUAACUUCAUCUUUGGUCAGACAGGUGCCGGCAACAACUGGGCCAAAGGUCACUACACCGAGGGGGCGGAGCUUGUGGACUCGGUCCUGGACGUGGUUAGGAAGGAGUGUGAGCACUGCGACUGUCUGCAGGGUUUCCAGAUGACCCACUCCCUGGGAGGAGGGACCGGGUCUGGGAUGGGCACCCUGCUGAUCAGUAAGAUCCGGGAGGAGUACCCGGACCGGAUCAUGAACACCUUCAGUGUCAUGCCCUCACCUAAGGUGUCGGACACGGUGGUGGAGCCGUACAACGCCACGCUGUCGGUCCACCAGCUGGUGGAGAACACGGACGAGACGUACUGCAUCGACAACGAGGCUCUCUACGACAUCUGCUUCCGAACGCUGAAGCUGACCACGCCCACCUACGGAGACCUGAACCACCUGGUGUCGGCCACCAUGAGCGGCGUGACCACCUCGCUGCGCUUCCCCGGGCAGCUGAACGCCGACCUGCGGAAGCUGGCGGUCAACAUGGUGCCGUUCCCCCGCCUCCACUUCUUCAUGCCGGGCUUCGCCCCCCUGACGGCGAGGGGCAGCCAGCCGUACCGCGCCCUGACCGUGCCCGAGCUCACGCAGCAGAUGUUCGACGCCAGGAACAUGAUGGCGGCGUGCGACCCGCGCCACGGCCGCUACCUGACGGUGGCCACGGUGUUCCGCGGGCCCAUGUCCAUGAAGGAGGUGGACGAGCAGAUGCUGAACGUGCAGAACAAGAACAGCAGCUACUUCGUGGAGUGGAUCCCCAACAACGUGAAGGUGGCGGUCUGUGACGUGGCCCCCCGCGGCCUCAAGAUGGCCGCCACCUUCAUCGGCAACAGCACGGCCAUCCAGGAACUGUUCAAGCGCAUCUCGGAGCAGUUCUCGGCCAUGUUCCGCAGGAAGGCCUUCCUGCACUGGUUCACGGGCGAGGGCAUGGACGAGAUGGAGUUCUCUGAGGCCGAGAGCAACAUGAACGACCUGGUGUCCGAGUACCAGCAGUACCAGGACGCCACCGCCAACGACGAGGACCAGAGCUUCGAGGACGAGGACGAGGAGAUCGAGUGACGGAGGUCUGGACGGGACCAGGGAGUUCUGCUUCUGUUUGUCUUUCUGAUCAGUUCGUUGUUAAAGAAACUUCUGUUAAAAGUUCAAAUAAAAACUGUUCAUAAAACCUGAGAAAUACUUUAAAUUAAUUUUCCUGCUAAUAACUGUCUCAACGUGUGAAGAAGUGAUGUUUUACACUAAACUGAUGCUGAAAUAAAGAAAUAUCAAACUCAGA